GUACUCUAUCUAUGAUCUAAGCAAAGGAAAUGAGUAAAACACCAUGCAGCCCCUCCCCCUAGCCCUACAGCCUACUUUGCUGGAGUCAGACCGUGCCACGUGGAGUAAAAGCAGGCAGGCUGAAAGAAUGUUGCGUCGUCAGAUGAGACUGCGUCGUGAGUAUCUCUAUCGCAAGUCAGUGGAGGACCAGGAGAGGGGCAUCCUAGAGAGGAAGAGGAAGAUACAGCACGCCAUUACAGAUGGUAAGACUAUCCCGACUGAGCUCAGGGGAGAAGCAGUCGCCAUCAGGAAGGCCAUGAAGUUUGACGACCAAGAAAGAGAGGAUCUUGCGGCCCAGACUCACAAGGAUGAUGAGUAUGCGUGGGCAGGAGUGGAGGACCCUAAAGUGGUAGUCACCACGUCACAUGACCCGAGCAGUAGACUCAAACAGUUUGCAAAGGAGUUGCGUCUGAUGUUUCCUAAUGCCCAGAGGCUUAACCGUGGUAACUAUGUCAUGAGUCAGCUUGUCCACGCAUGUAGGGCCAAUGAUGUCACUGAUCUGGUCAUAAUACACGAGCACAGAGGGGAACCAAACGGCCUACUGAUCUGCCACCUGCCCUAUGGUCCCACUGCCUCCUUCUCCCUCACACACACCGUAAUGAGACACGACAUACCCAACGUGGGCACGAUGUCAGAGGCUGCCCCUCACCUCAUCUUCCACAACUUUAGCACCAAGCUCGGAGGAAGGGUCCAGAAUAUUCUCAAGUACAUGUUUCCCGUACCCAAGGAGGACAGUAAGAGAGUCGUCACCUUCGCCAACCAGGAGGACUACAUCUCGUUCAGGCACCAUGUGUACAAGAAGAGUGGCGUUAAGGAGGUGGAGUUGAAGGAGGUGGGGCCUCGGUUUGAACUGAGAUUGUAUGAGAUCAAGUUGGGUACGGUGGACCAGACGGAUGUGGAUGUAGAGUGGAGACUGCGACCCUACAUGAACACUGCCAGGAAGAGGGCGGCCAUUAGCUCUGAACAACCACGCCCAUAACAUCCAACCGUAUAAUUAUUUGUACAAUAUCUGUUUUGUGUGAGCUUAUAAUUUAUUGUCUACUUUUCAGAAUGUCAUCAUUGUGAAGCAUUGGCGAUAUAAUUAUAGUAUUGAAUUAA